AUGGCCGUCCUUGGAUUUGUGCAAUUCACCACGCAGAGGAAGAAGCCAAUCAACGUUGCCAAUGAAGUCAGGCGAUUUUGUCAGUUCAAAGAGUUCUGCUAUUUAAUUCUGAAACCGCAAUACAGGGAUGCAUUCGCAGAUACAGACCAGAACAUGUUUUUCCGAUUCUCGUGUGUAUCAGUUACCGACAAAUGCUACAACAUGGAAUGCGGUCCAAAUUCGCAUUGCGUUCACGAACGUGGCCUUGCACAUUGUGUAUGUGACCAAGGAUCCGUUAAAGAAAACGGAGUUUGUGUCGACAAAUUCUUUGCUCCAAGUUUGUUUGAACGUAAUCUUGCGCUGCACGAGUUUGAAACGGGUUUGUUCCAAGAAGCUUACGACACUACGGCCUCUUUCGAAACCGAUUACCAAUUCCGUGGGCCUGGUACAUCCGGUGUACCUAAACCUGAUGCGAAAAUAAAUGAGGAUAGCAAACCCAGUGAUGAUAUUAAACCUGACGACGGUAUCUCGAAUGACAAGUCCAGUGACGAUAUUAAACCGGAUGAUGAUAAAUCGGGGGAUGAUGGCAAACAGAUCGAUGACAAAUCGGGUGAUAACUCUAAUGACGUUAAACCCGAUGACGAUAAACCCAGUGAUAAUAAGCCCAACGAUGACAUACCCAGUGAUAAUAACCCCAAUGAUGACAUACCUAGUGAUGAUAAGCCCAGUGAUGAUAAACCGAGUGAUGACAAAUCGACUGAUGAUGUUAAGCCAAGUGAUGAUGUUAAACUUGGUGUUGGUGAGCCGGAUGAUGUCAAACCAGGUGACGGUACCUCGAAUGAUGUCAAAACACAUGAUGAUAAAUCGGGUGAUGACGGUAAACCGGGUGAUGUUAAACCGAGUGAUACCAAACCUGAUGAAGGUAAACCAAGAGAUGACGAUAAACCAAGUGAUGACGGUACCUCGAAUGAUGUUAAACCGAGCGAUGGCAGUACCUCGAAUGAUGAUGCCAAACCUGAUGAAGGUAAACCAAGAGAUGACGAUAACUCGAAUGGUAAUGGUGAUUCAACACCCCAACCCGAUCAACCCUCUUCCACUGGCGACAGCGAUGCAAAUAGUUCACCUACAGGUAACAGCGAAUCCGAAUCGAAUUCUGCAGGAUCUGGUUCGCCAAACUCUCAGGAUGGGUUGGACGGUAAACCUGAUGACAAUUCCCUCCCGGACCCAGAUGCAUCGGCUGCCAACACACCAGAUGAUGGAUCUAUUGGAAGUGGGUCUGACAGCAAUACAGACGUAGAGCCUUCGGACAAUACAAAUGGUAGUGCAGGUGAAAACACAGAUGCAACCCAAGGAGGACCAUUGAAUGCCAAUGAAGAUAAAAACGCAGCUGUUACAAACGGUUCACCUGAAUCACCUCCAUCUACCGAAGACACCAUAGCGGGAAGAAAUCGGUCACGGCGAGACGUGGGGAUCAACACUGACGGUACUGAUUCUCCAAUUACAAGUACUGAAUCAGACUCGAGGCCCCUGGACCCUGACGCAUCUUCUCAUAAUACAAAUGGAAGCGGGCCGCCGACAGGUGGUUCGGCACACGAUGCACAGGGUAAACACGACAAAGCAACACAAGCCAAUCUGCCGCCAUCUUCAUCGGAUGACGUUAAUAAGUUGCCUGAUUUGCGGAUAAACGCCGGUGGAGCAACCGACGGUUCAGCGGCCUCUGUCAGUCACCCCAAGUGGGCUAAAAUAAUUCGAUCCAACCAUUUGCUAGCUGCCAUAACUAAGCUCAGAACCGGCAUCAAACAUAAAAAGGAAGGUCGAACACAGGGAAACACCUCAACACAUGGAAGCUCUAUCAUUGAUGUACCUCCAAACCCUCCGAAUAAUCAAAGUAGCCAAUCAUCCAACGUCCCUACAGUUCCAGUUGAUGACAAGGGACACUUGCUGCACAUCGAUACCACGGGCAAGCAGGUCGGUGGUGAUGAGGACACGGGUGGAUCCCGAUCUGAACUCCCUCAUGAUGAGGUCACGCUCGUUCUGUCCCAUGUCGCCGUGCAUGCUGGAGACGGUGAAGUCCCUCUCCUGCAUCUUGCUGGUGAGCAUAUCUACCUUUCUUCGUGUGUUGCAGUAGAUGAUGGCCUGGGUGAUGGUGACGGACUCGUAGAGAUCGCAGAGCGUGUCAAACUUGUACUCUUCCUUGUCGAUCAUGACGUAGAAUUGCUUGAUACCCUCCAAGGUAAGCUCGUCCUUCUUGACGAGGAUACGUUUCGGCGACCUCAUGAACUUGGUCGUCAGCUCCAGGAUUUCGUUGGGCAUGGUGGCACUGAAAAGCGCGACCUGGACAUCCGGAGGCAUUCUCCUGAAGACCUCGUGAAUCUGUCCCUUGAAUCCACGAGAAAGCAUCUCGUCGGCUUCAUCGAGGAUGAACAGCUUGAUCUUGUGCGUCAGAAGGGCCUUCUUGUCAAUCAUGUCGUACACACGUCCGGGAGUACCCACGACCAUGUGCACACCAGCCUUCAACUUCAUAACAUCGUCCCUCACAAUGGUACCACCGACACACGCGUGGCACUGGACCUUGAGGUAGUCACCAAGGGCGAGCACGACCUGCAUAAUUAUGAAUGUUUGACGUCCGCACACGCACCUUCUGGAUCUGCUGGGCCAAUUCCCUGGUAG